UGAGAAAGAGUGUGGUGUGGUCUCUCUCAUUAAUAAUAUAUAAACAGAAGACAGUUUGGAAGAUGAGCGUUGGGUUGGACAAUUUGGAGAAGGGUAGGGACACCACCAAUGCCAUGCCAAUUCCUACUAGACUAGACUAGGACGUAUGUAAUUACCAUGAAUAAUAUGUACAACUAUCAGGACAGGACAGGACAGGACUCCUCAGAACCAGAUUCAUCCAUCAAACCAAACAACUCCUUAGGAUUCAGGACCAGAUUAGAUUACUCAUGAUAGAAGAGUAGGAUUUCAAGUCGUGGAUUUUAUAGUGCAGGUGCAGCUAGUUCAACCACUAGACGAUCCAUUAUACCAAGAGGCUCGCACCUAUGACCUCUCCAAAAUUCAGUAAGUAAGAUGAGAUCUUGUCGUCUUUCAACUGCAGAACCACGUAGAAAGUUUAAUUGCUCACAUAUUUGAUAAACGCAUAACAGGAUAUUACCAAAUCUAUAUAAAUGGGCACAGCCUAUUAUUAGAGAACAAUUAUUGCUUGAUCUGGGACACAAAUGGCGUAGCUAGUUCCAUUGGAUGAAUAGACCAAGGGCCUUUUGUUGUAUGCAGGGCGGGCAAGAACUUCCCAUUCUGAUAACCAGCCAACAAGUGACAAGCCGCCUGGCCAGGGGAGAGCUUUGAAACACAAGGCCAUCACACGCAGGACACCUGAAAGGAAGCAGCGUGUGUGGAUUCCUAUACUCAUGUACAACAAGAUGCUUAGAGUAGAUGACAGUAUUAGACGCCGGCAGCAGCGAGCCCAUAUAAAUAUUAUAUGGGCCUAUUAGGCUGUAAACCAAGUCCGGGUCCUUUCUGGACUCUAUCUCUCACUAGUCACCACUACAGUCUACAGUAGCUAACAAAUAUAUAAAAAUAAAAAUAUAAAGAAAAAUCCCAAAGGGAAGGGGCUGGCUGGGAGGAGCUUGACGAAGAAGAAGCUGACAAUUGAAAUCGGAGCUCCAAGUCAAGCGGAUCUCAUCUCAUCUGUUCAUCAAUCUGAAAAGUGAGCGAGCUGGCUACCUUGGUGAUGGGAACACUGACCUCCCAACUUUUGAAUUUAUGUCCAUGGGAGAAGCUUCUUUCCUUCCAUGUCUGUGGGACACAUGAAAACUUUUGCACCCCUUUCCUUCCCUACCACUUUUGAGGGCGGAUGCGGAGUCGAUUUGAAUUUCCCCACCACCACCACCGUCAUGGAUUCCUCUGGUCCUGCCCUCGCCCUUGCCACCACUUCAAUUGCAGAGCCUCAUGACGCCAUGGAGUUUGAAUCUCAUGAAGCCGCAUACACCUUCUACAAAGCAUAUGCCAAGUCCGUGGGUUUCGGCACUGCUAAGUUGAGUAGUCGUCGCUCUAGAGCAUCCAAGGAGUUCAUUGAUGCCAAAUUUUCAUGCAUCCGGUACGGAAACAAGCAGCAGUCCGAUGAUGCUAUCAAUCCUCGACCUUCUCCCAAAAUUGGCUGCAAGGCGAGCAUGCAUGUCAAGCGCAGGCCGAAUGGUAAUUGGUAUGUUUAUAGUUUCGUGAAGGACCACAACCAUGAGCUUUUACCAGAUCAAGCACAUUUCUUUCGCAGCCACAGAAACACCGACCCCCUUAACAAUGAUGUUAGAAUCCGGAGACGCAAGAGUUUAGCUGCAGUGUCCAGCCUCUUCAGUGCCUAUCAAAAUGUUGAUUGUCUAGAGAGUUACUUGAGAAAUCAGCAUGACAAGGGACGGAUUUUGGUUUUAGAAGCAGGGGAUGCUCAACUGCUGCUUGAAUAUUUUAUGCGCCUACAGGAAGACAACCCAAAAUUCUUCUAUGCAGUUGAUCUGAAUGAAGAGCAUAGGUUGAGAAAUGUGUUCUGGGUUGAUGCCAAAGCAAUGGAAGAUUACACUAACUUCAACGAUGUUGUUUUCUUUGACACCACAUACUUCUCAAACAAGUAUAAAAUACCGCUGGUUCUUUUUAUAGGAGUGAACCAUCACAUUCAGCCCACAUUACUGGGCUGUGCUUUGAUUGCAGAUGAUACGGUUUAUACUUUUAUGUGGCUAAUGCAAACAUGGUUUAUAGCAAUGGGGGAACAAGCUCCACGAGUAAUGCUCACUGACCAGAACGAUGCCAUCAAAGCAGCUAUUCCAGCAGUAUUUCCAGGCACACGCCAUUGCUUUUCUUUAUGGAACAUAAUGGAGAAGAUGCACAGGCAGCUCGAGUUUCUAAGCAUGUGGCAUGAUAGUUUUGUGGAAAAAUUUACUAAGUGUAUAUUCAAGUCCUGGUCAGAACAGCAAUUUGAAAAGAGAUGGUGGAAACUUAUUGAUAGAUUUAAUCUUAGGGAGGUUGGAUGGAUGCAGUCAUUGUAUGAAGAUCGUACUCAUUGGGCCCCUACUUUCAUGAGAGAUAUAUCCUUCGCUGGGUUGUCUCCAACUUCACGGUCAGAAAGUUUGAACUCUUCGUUUGACAAAUAUAUUCAAGGGGAAACUUCACUGCAAGAGUUUAUGGAAAGAUACAGAGCAAUUCUUGAAGAUAGGUAUGAAGAGGAAGCGAAAGCAAAUUUUGAUGCUUGGCAUGGAACACCUGAGUUAAAGUCUCCAUCGCCGUUUGAGAAACAAAUGUCACUAGUGUACACACAUGAGGUUUUCAAAAACUUUCAAGUUGAGGUUUUGGGAGCAGCUGCUUGUCAUCUUAAGAAAGAAAAUGAAGAUGAGACAGCAACAACGUUCAGUGUCAAAGACUUUGAAGACAAUCAGAAUUAUACUGUAGAGUGGAAUGAAUCAAAAUCAGAUAUAUAUUGUUCUUGCCACUCCUUCGAGUAUAAGGGCUAUCUCUGUAGACAUGCUAUUGUUGUUCUCCAAAUGUCUGGUGUUUUCAUCAUCCCUCCCAAAUAUAUAUUGCAGCGAUGGACAAAUGCUGCUAUGAGCAGGCAUGCCAUUGGUGAAAGAGUGGAUGAGGUUCAGUCUAAAGCCCGUCGCUACAAUGAUUUAUGUCGACGAGCCAUAAUAUUGGGUGAAGAGGGGUCACUCUCUCAAGAAAGUUAUGAUGUAGCAUUAUUGGCCAUAAAAGAAGCGUUGAAGCAAUGUGCAAGUUUAACCAACUGUCUUGAGAACAAUGCAAAGCCUCAUGAUUCAGCAAUACAUGGUGUUUGCGGUGUUGAUGAAGAGAAUCAAUGCAGCACUACAUCUGGUGCCAACAAGACUCCUAGGAGAGCCGGGUCCGGGAAGGAGGUGGCUAGGAAUGGAAAUAGCACAAGCAAGAAAGGAAAGGUACCUCAGCUGGAAGUUACGAGCUUUGGAACGCAAGUCAGCCAUUUCCAAAUGCAACUUUCUGACUCAAGGCCCAUGCAGUUGCAUAAUGCGGUGCCAACAAUGUUUCAGAGUGUUGCAUCAACACAGCUCCAUAAUGCGGCAUCAACACAUGUGCAUGAAAAUCUCCCUCAAUAACUCAAACAUUACCUUCUCCUGUAAAGAGAGACCAGUAUGCCUGUACAGACAAACCGCGGAAGGACUGAGUGAGUGAGUGACUGCAGUAAAAGUAAAAGUCAGGUGCGAUUGCUGGUAAAUUAUAUGUUGUGCGUUUAGGUGGGCAGCAGUUAGAUUUCAAUUGGUAAUGCCCGUGUGAAACAGUUGUUUUGUAAGUUGUGCAUUUUAUUUUGUUAGCUUUUUGUUCGAGAA